ACCUCGGAACCGGAAGUAGUUCCCCUCCCGGUUGCCAUGUGACCGCCCGGCGCCGGGUCGGUUGUCGGUUGAGCCGCCGCCAACAACAACAUCAUCAUCAUCAUGAACUACAUGCCCGGCACCGCCAGCCUGAUAGAGGAUAUAGACAAAAAACACUUAGUAGUACUUCGGGAUGGAAGAACAUUAAUAGGAUACUUGAGGAGCGUAGAUCAAUUUGCUAAUUUGGUUCUGCACCAGACAGUGGAGAGAAUCCACGUUGGAAGGAAAUAUGGCGACAUUCCACGUGGGAUCUUUGUUGUCCGGGGAGAAAAUGUGGUGCUUCUCGGGGAGAUAGAUCUAGAGCGGGAAACGGACACACCUUUGCAAAGAGUGUCUAUUGAAGAGAUUCUGGAAGCCCAAAGAGUUCAGCAACAAGAGAGGCAAGAAGCAGAAAAGACAAAAAGCAAAGCUUUAAAAGAACGAGGAUUGUCCAUCCCUCGUACAGACGCUCUUGACGAAUAUUAAAAAAAAACUUUUUAAGUACAAUACAAAAUAUCGAUGCAGCACCUUGUUUUAAUAAGCAAAGGGAAUUCUUAAUAUAUCCUGUUGAGACAGGAUGAAUUCUUUAUCUGGAAAAAAAAAGCAUGAUUACGGACUAGCUUUCAUUGUUCAAAGGCAGCGCAUCAGAAAUAAUGCAGUGAGUUAAUUCACACUUUUCACGUGUCCAAUCUAAUUGACGGCUGUCAUAAGGGUUUCUGACUGUGAUAAAGCUGUAACUGUGUACGUUUAUCAAAGAGAUGUUUUAUUCAUUGGAUGAACCGGGCUUUCUUCCAUAGUUGUUUGUUUUACAGAACAUAAACCGAUUCCUGCAGCGGGAAGAAUUGAAAUCCCUCAUUUCUGCAGAAAUGUAGUAUGUAUUUCUGAUUAUACUUACAUAAAGUAAGCUCCCACUGUGACACUAAUAU